AUGGUGUCAUUUAAAAUGUUUGUUUUAACUUUGGCCCUGUACCUACUUCAGGGGGCUGGUACAUCCCUCAUUAAGCUGAAUAACAAUGGCUAUGAAGACGUGGUCAUUGCAAUCGACCCAGAUGUGGAAGAGGAUGAAAAUCUUAUUCAGCAAAUAAAGGACAUGGUGUCAGAGGCUUCAACUUACUUGUAUGAGGCCACAGAAAAAAGAUUUUACUUCAAAGGAGUAUCCAUCUUGAUUCCUAAGACAUGGCAGACAAAACCAGACUAUGAGCCACCAAAACUUGAGACCUACAAAAAUGCAGACAUCCUCAUUGAAGUCCCUAAUCCCCCAGGCAAUGAUGUUCCACGAACUGACCAGUUUGGACAGUGUGGAGAGAUGGGAGAGAGAAUUCAUUUAACUCCCGACAUCAUAUCGGGGAAAAAGUUGGAGGCGUAUGGACCACCAGGUAGAAUUUUAGUUCAUGAAUGGGCCCAUUUACGGUGGGGAGUGUUUGAGGAGUACAACGAAGAGGAGCGUUUCUACCAGUCUGGUGGAAAAUAUGUACCAGUGAAAUGUUCUGAAGCUAUCACUGGUAUAAAUAGGGCAUAUUCAUGUUCUGGAGGCAGCUGUUCAUUCGGAACAUGCAGAUCAGAUCCCAAAACGGGAAAACCUAAAAAAGAAUGUUUAUUUGUACCUGAUAAAGUUCAGAAUGAGAAAGCCUCCAUCAUGUUCAUGCAAAGCAUCGAUUCUGUGGUUGAAUUUUGUACAGAAAAGAAUCAUAACAAAGAAGCUCCAAAUGCUCACAACCGGAAGUGCGACCUCAGGAGCACGUGGGAAGUGAUCCAAGAUUCCCAAGACUACAAGACUUCCACUCCCAUGACAGAAGCACAGCCACCCCAGCCCAGCUUCUCAUUGAAACAGAUCCGAGAAAGGGUCCUGUGCUUAGUUCUGGAUAAGUCUGGAAGCAUGUCGCUUGAGGAUCGGCUAAAUCGCCUGCAUCAAGCCUCCAAACUCUUCCUGCUUCAGAUCAUUGAAAAAGCAUCCUGGGUUGGGAUGGUCACAUUUGACAGUGCAGCCUCCGUCCAAAGUGAACUGGUACAGAUAGAGACCGAUGCUCAGAGGGACACUCUCAUUAGCAAGCUACCUGCUGUCGCCUCAGGAGGAACAUCCAUCUGCUCUGGACUCAGAUCAGCAUUCACGGUAAUAGGAAAGAAAUUCUCAACAGAUGGUUCCGAAAUCGUCCUUCUGACUGAUGGGGAAGACAAUACAAUCAGCACAUGUUUUGAUGAAGUGAAACAAAGUGGGGCCAUUAUCCACACAGUUGCUCUGGGAACUUCUGCAGCCAAAGAGCUGGAGAAACUGUCAGACAUGACAGGAGGUGUGAAGACAUUUUCUACAGACACUACCCAGAGCAAUGGGCUCAUUGAUGCAUUCAGUGCCCUCUCAUCAGGAAAUGGACUGAUCACUCAACGGUCCAUCCAGCUUGAGAGUACGGGAGCCACUCUGAGUAAUGGGGAGUGGAUGAAUGGCACAAUUAUUGUUGACAACACAGUAGGCAAUGACACACUAUUUCUUGUCACAUGGACAGAACAACAACCCCAAAUGUUUGUCUCAGACCCCAGUGGGAAAACCUAUGAUAAUUUUUCAGUGGAUGCAAAUUUCAAAAUGGCAUACCUCCAAAUACCAAACACUGCCAAGGAUGGAAUUUGGACUUACAGCCUUACGUCAAGUGCACAAACUCUGACUCUGACAGUAACUUCUCGUGCUGCAAAUCCUAAUGUACCCCCCAUUACAGUGGAUUCUAAAAUGAAUAAAGACACCAACACCUUCCCUAAUCCAAUGGUUGUUUAUGCAGAAGUUCGCCAAGGAUCCCUGCCUAUCACAGGAGCCACUGUAACAGCCCUCAUUGAAUCAGCUGAUGGCACAACAGUGACUCUGGAACUUCUAGAUAAUGGUGCAGGUGCUGAUGCUUACAAGAAUGAUGGUGUCUACUCAAGGUAUUUCACAGCCUACAAAACAAAUGGUCGAUAUAGCUUAAAAGUGAGAGCUCUGCAAGGAGCAAACACCCAAAGGUCAAGACCCCAAGUGAAUGGAGCCUUAUACAUACCAGGCUGGGUAGAGAAUGGUGAAAUCAAAAUGAAUCCACCAAAACCUGAAAUUAGUGAAGAUGAAAUUCAAGCAAACAUGCAAAGUUUCAGCAGAACAGCUUUAGGAGGUUCAUUUAUAGUAUCAAAUAUUACAAGUGGCUGUAUAGCUGAUGUGUUCCCACCAAAUCAAAUUCUCGACCUGGAGGCUAAUAUUGAAGAUGAUCACAUUAAUCUGACCUGGACAGCCCCUGGGGAUGACUAUGAUAACGGACGAGCUCAAAAGUAUAUCAUAAGAAUGAGUAAAGAUAUCAUCAAACUAAGAGAAGAUUUCGACAAUGCUCUUCAAGUGAACACUACUGACCUCAUUCCAAGUGAUGCCAACUCCAAGGAAGUCUUUGUUUUCAAACCAGAAAAUUUUACAAUAGAAAAUGGCACCACCAUCUUUCUUGCUAUUAAGGCAGCUGAUAAAGUCAACUUGACAUCACCUUUAUCGAACAUAGCUCGAGCAUCUCAGUCCAUUCCUCCUUCAGAAGAUUCUUCCAGUCCUAGUGGGGUUAGCAUUUCAACAAUAGUGCUGUCAGUGGUUGGCGCAGUUAUAGCCACAAGUGUCACACUGUGUGUUCUGAACAAGAAAAACAGAUAA